CUUAACGGGCCCUUUGUCACCUAGGGAACAUCAUUAAAAUUUUAAGAUUCGGGAGUGGGUGUUCUAAUGGUUGUAUUCUGUAUUGUUUAAGAUGUUAUUGUUGGGAAUCUUGCAACCUGAUUGGUGCAUUCACUAUAUUUGCUAUUUCAGUCUUUACACUGGCACGAUAAUUUCCAGUUUCGAUAUACAUAAUUUACACGGGACAAAGGAGAAACAGCAAUUUGCAUUUCUUCAUAUCUGAACUUUCAGGUAAAUCUUCUAGAUGCUAUUGACUUGUAUAUGGGACAAGACUCUGGUGCCAUAAACAGGACAUAAAAAAUUAAAGUUCAACCAGUUCAGUCUUUUCAGCAAUAUGCCCAAUGGCUGUUUAUUAAUGGAAGCUAUAGAUUGUUAUGUGGUAGAAAUGAGCAUUCAAGAUUAUUCCAAAUUCAAGAUAGCUAGAGUUUAUUUAGUAGGGAGUUGUUUGACUUGGCAUUUUGGAUCUGCAGUAGCUAUGGUUGGUAAUAACUUGGAAAUGGGAGUUUAGCACAAUCUUUUGAUGGGUGCCAUGGCAGGGGCUGGUUUGCCAUCUUUAGGCCGUGUUAGGCUGAUUGACUUGGUUGCUACAGAUGGACUGUCUUCUGACAAAUACAAGCUUGCUGUAAACACACUUUCACAGUCCCUUACAAGAUAUUAUGCAGCAAUUAUUGAGCUACCUGUUGGUGAUGAUGUUAUGUUGAGAUGUGCCAUAGAUUCUGGUCGAAUGUAUUUCCAUCAAAGACCUUACCAAGGAACUGAGAUGAUUCAUUCUGGGGAAGCACAGGACUGGAACAAGACUUCAGGUUAUUUUACAGAUCCACAGAUUUGGCAGGAAACAUUUGAUUACAGACCUGGUCAAACUCCAAUAGAACUGAGUUGUGGUGCAGAAUUGCCCCCAGCUGGCUUACCGGAUCUCUUUUCUUUUCUUGGGAAAGCAGCUCGUGAUAUUUUAGAUGCAAUUGGAUGUUCACUUGAGCUUCGGAGCUUUUGUUUCACUGAUCUUCUUGACAAUAUGCCUUUAAAAAAUGGUGAAGUAUCAAGUUCAGUUUUGUCAGUUUGUUGUCAUGGAAGACCAGGUUUCCAGAGUGGGCAUCAUGCUACAAUAACAAUGGCAGCACAGGAACAGACUCAAAUACCGAUUUUUGGGGGCCAUGACCCAGAUGUUGAUAAGAGUUUUCUGACUCUUGUGCGAUCUGAUAAACCAGGUCUACAAAUUCGAGACAUUCACAGUCGUUGGAUUCUUGUAGAUGGUGAUCUUGGACCACAAGAUAUUAUUGUUUACCCAGGGCUUGCUCUUUAUCAAGCCACAGCAGGUUACAUAAAUCCAGCACUCCAUAGAACAGACAUUGGAAGCCUGCAAGGGAGUAUGUAUGGGAGGUGCUCAUUAUCUUUUAAGCUCAUGCCACGAGCCUCUGGUAUUCUACAUUGCACAUCAAUGACAUCAGCAGGGCAUGGUGUUGGAGCUCCAUUUCAACAGCCCAUUUCUGUGCAUGAUUUCAUGCAAAGGACACAUCCCAUGGAUCAACUCAUGAGUCGGCAGGGGUUUAUGAAUUUUUCUUAUCCAGUUACUUCUGAUGUGUCAGUUAAAGCUGUUUUCAAGAGGAGAAAGCAAACUUCUAGGAGCAAGCCCCUGGCUCCAUCUAAGAGAUUACGCCUAGAGGCUCAAAGGGUUCUAAAGGAAAGGGUCCAGGAGAUUGCUGAUAGAAAAGGCAUCAAGUUACGUUUCUGCGGUCUGAGAGAAUGUGAAGAGCAACACAUACCAUCAUUGGAUAGCCCAUGUGGAGUUGUACGCACUGAAAUUGGCUGGCCUCAUGGAGUGCCAUUUGUGCAUCCUCAUGAUCUUCCUAACAAGGCCAAACUAGCAUUUCUGGAAGCAUAUGAACCAGGUUGGACAGCUUCACAAGAUAUGGAGGUUGGGUAUAAUUGAAUCAGGAUAGAAACACGUGCAUGCACAUAUGCUUGAUCACCAUGUACAAGUAACGCUACCUCCUGCUCUCAGUGAACCUACUAAGUCAACAUGAUUACACUGCUGGAAAAGGGAACAGCAGUUUCAAAGUGGAUAACAAUCUAUAUAGUUUUGCAAUUUACUACUAGGACUGCAGUGGAAGAAAUACAAUUCAUUCUGAGUUGAAGAAGAUUGUAAUUAUCAAUGAAGCACAUUUUCUUCAAUGAUGCAAUUUUUGUAGCCAUUGCUUAUUUCAGUUUCUUUCUUUGUACAGUUAGUAGUUACUAAAGAUAGAAAAUGUCAUUCCCUUUGCUUUGAUGUCCCAUUAUAUGGACUAGCAUCUGAAGACCUCAAAGAGGUGGUGUUUUUGUUCAUAUCCUCUUUUAGUAGACAUUGACUUUGUUUUUAUAGGUGGACCAGGCCUUCUCAUGUUUGUCAGAGGGAUUCUUGAAAUUCUCUUUUGCUGCUAGCAGGAAUAAUCUUUUGCAAAUUGCAUGGAAGCCAACACUUGCACUCCUUGGUCAAAUUGCCUUCUCUUUGUUUCUCUCUGGAUUUUCAUCAGCUUGCCUAUAAGUCAGCAUGUUAAUAUUCUGCCAUGACAUAACCACAAACUGACAAGACCAAUGUCGGGUAAAACAACCAUGCAUCUCAAAUUUAAAAUUUAUUAUUCCUAUUUUCUGUAAGGAUUAUACAAAAUGGCCUUCACAAUUGGCUUUUGGAUAUAAUGUAAUGUCGUAAUAUCAUACUCUGCAAGGGGAGAUAAAUGUGCACUUGAUAGAGUUUUGUAUGUGAGUACCCAUGGUUUUGACCUCUUUAUUAAUCGCACGCUUGUUGAAAUUUACUCUUUAUUAAACAAAAAUCAUUAUUUAUAUGAUUAUGUUUCCUUUCAA